AUGGAACAAAAGCUCACCUCUACCACGGGCAAAGAAGAGCCCCAAAAUGCUGACUCUGUACGAGAGACCUCAAUUUCUGAUGGUGGGACCUUCCAAAUCGAUUGGGAUUGGGAUCGUUCAGAUGAAAAGCUACAGUACGAUGCGAUUCAGGGUUUACCAGAAGUAGCCCAAUCCCGAAGAAGAUUGUCGCUGGUCGUUGUGUUUAUUCCCUUUCUCUGUGCAGCCACGAUAUUCACUAUAUACUCUUAUAUUUACUAUUCCAGGUCUCAUGGCCGCCUCUCCAACUAUGCUUUGCCAUAUACCAUGGCUCCCACUGUAUGCAAGAGCGACGAAUGUGUAGAUGCAGCCUCGCAGAUUCUUUCCAACCUGGACCCCCACUAUCCCCGCAUAGAUCCAUGCACCAACUUUGAACAAUAUGCCUGUGGAGGGUGGAGGGCACGACAUAGCAUGCGACCUGAUCAGGGGUCUAUUUUCACUGGAACAAUUAUGGCGGAUGCUUCAAUUACGCGGCUUCGUCAUUUGUUGGAGUCUUCAUUAGAAAAAUAUGGACCAGCUGAUUCGGGGAAUUUUCAGAAAAUGAAAGCUGCAUACAACGCUUGUAUGGAUGAAGAAGCGAUCAGGAAGACUGGGAGCAAACCGUUGGAUGAGAUUCUAGACAGCCUGGACGGGAUAUAUGCCGUAAAUUCUAAUCCUGUUCAUACUAACCUCACUGAUGCGGUAUUACAUCUGCUAGAGAUCUCCGGGUCGAAAACGCUGAUAUCUCUGAAUGUCAAGCCCAAUGACCGCGAUCCCGAUUCAGUGGCAAUAUUUGUCAAUGCCCCCCUCGUGAUCGGUCUUCCGGCAAAUGACCUUUACAAAGAUGCCAAUUUGGUAAAGAAGUAUACUGAUGUGACGAGUGAAGUUCUCGGGAACUUUAUUGGGAAGAAAAGCCACCGUUUCAGCGAUGUCGUGGAGUUUGAAACAGAGCUAGCCAAUAUUUCUCCCGACCCCGCAAGCCGAGUAGACGUCACGAAAUACUUCAAUCCCCACACCACACAGGAAACACAGUCACUGCUACCUCAGGUCAAUAUAACACAGAUGAUUGUCACCCUCGCACCACAGGAUCAGGGGCGGCCUAGCCAGUUGAUCGUCGAGUCCCCCCCAUAUAUGACGUCGCUAUCAAGUCUUUUGAGUCGUACACCAAGAGAGACACUCCAGCUAUUUUUUAAAUGGCAACUCAUACGCCAAUAUUCAGACACUAUUGAGGAUACAAAGAUAAUACCAUGGUGGAGGUUCAUGGGUCAGCUUGAAGGGAAGACCUCGCAGUCUGCUACAGAACGGUGGCACAUGUGCAUCCAAUUUUUGGAUUCCCAAAUACCCUGGAUUUUGAGUCGGUUAUAUAUCCUCGAAAACUUUUCCGAGGACUCCAAAAAGUUUGGAGAUCAAGUUGUUUCGGAUAUCAAAAAAGAGUUCCCGUACAUACUCCGUCAAACUGAGUGGAUGUCUGCAGGAGUCAGAAAGAUCGCCAUUGAGAAAGUCAAUAAUAUCAUCCAGAAGAUAGGAUAUCCUACCAAGAGUCCCAACAUCUCCGACCCAGCGAGCGUGGAGAGCUACUAUGGGAAUCUUCACCUUUCACCCGACUGCCAUUUUGGCAAUAAGAUGGCUACCACCAGGUUCAAGCUUCAACGGCAAUGGGCCAAGUUGGGGAAACCCACCAACCGAGGUGAGUGGAGAAUGAGUGCGCCAGCGGUAAAUGCGUACUAUAACCCCUCAGAAAAUGAGAUUGUCUUCCCUGCCGGAACCAUGAAACAUCCCGUGUUCUAUGGGCCACAAUCUCCUCUUUAUCUUACUUACGGCGCUUUUGGUUCAAUCGUUGGGCAUGAGCUCUCGCACGCUUUUGAUUCGACGGGACGACACUACGAUGAAACCGGAAACUACACUAGCUGGUGGGAUCGAGACACAGCAGAGGGGUUCAAUAAGCAUGCUCAGUGUUUCGUCAACCAGUACUCCAAGUUCACCGUCCCUGGAGACAAGUCUUUUCAUGUCAAUGGGCGACUCACCCUUGGGGAGAACAUAGCGGAUGCUGGAGGCCUUGCUGCUGCCUUCCAUGCCUGGAAGAAGAACGAUGAGGCCAGGCCUGAUCCUCACCUGCCUGGACUCUUUACGUUCUCCAAGGAACAACUGUUUUUCAUAUCAUUCGCAGGAUGGUGGUGCAGCAAGUCAACGUUGGGGGCAUAUCGCGAGGCCAUUUUGGAUGACCCGCACGCUCCGAAGCCGGUUAGGAUCAAUGCGACGAUGGAGAAUUCGCGGGAGUUUAAAGAGUCUUUUGGUUGCUCAAAGAAAGAGCCUGUUUGCGAGCUAUUGUAG